UAUCUUCUCUUUGAUAAUUGUCAUUUUUGGCAUACAUUGUGGACAAGAAAACCAGUCUUCAAUGCGUGAAAAAUGUGAUAACAAUUUAAUUGUACAAAUUGACAAGUUUUACACAAAUCACCACAGUAAAAUGCAAUGCCAUAUCUAAAUUAUUACGAUAAUAGCCAUGGAAAAUAAUGGCGAACAACCUAACGAUAAGAAGUUUAUCAAUAAAGCGAGAUCUUGCAAUACCGCACCGCCUAUGAAACUCAAGAGCGAACCAGCGAAACGGAAGUCUUUUAACGUGAACGAAGCCGUGAGAUCUUUAGACUUAGCGUUAGGUAGACUGAAGAAGAGCAAGCUGGUGAACGGGGAGUUCGCGUCGAGCCGAGGACUGAACCCCAUGGCGCAGGGCGCGUCCGACAUGUUCAUGGACAUGUGCUCCAGCUCGACGUUCCGGCCCGGCACGGAGAACGCCUCCCUCAUGUCCAUGAACUUCUCGCACUACGAGCUGAUGCGCAACGUGUCGCGCUCCAACUGCAACUCGGACGGCGCGUUCAGCGGCACCACGUGCAGCGCGCGGCUCAGCGCCGCCGACGUCGACGUCAAGGACGAGCACCUCGAGCGGUACUUCCGCUCCGUCGAGAUGUGGUCCCGCAACUACCGCGACCCGCCCAGCAGUAUGCACCUAGACUUACCAGAUAAGUAGUACCUAACUGUUUAUUGUCACAUUUCUAUAAUUAACGCCAUAAAUAAAACUGCAAUAUGAACGAUUAUGUAAA